AUGCCAAAGCGAAAGCAUGAAGAUGUCCCAGAGGGCUAUGCCUAUCUCAAACCCCAAGUUCGCCGGGUUCCAGAAAAGACCAUUAAGUCAAAAUGGGCACCACUGCCCGAGCCCGUCCAGGAGAAUAUCCGCGAGAUGUUCCAUUCGCUCGAGCGACCGGUGAUCAUGCGGAAUCAAAACGAACGAAAGCGCAUCGAAGCACAGGGCGCUGUGCAAGCAGUCGUACGAAACCUAAAUAAACGACUGCCACGAAUGCCGUUCCCACCUGUCACCAAGGAUUCUAAUUUCGACUACGAAUCCGCCCUCAAUGAGCAUCGCUUGCUUGAAGCCAAUUUGGCCACGAUGAAUGAUAGUGUCGAUCUACUCAAAGCCGAGAUUGCCAAAGAAGAAGCACUACUUGCAAGUGAAACCAAAGCCCUUCAGGAAAUGGACAAGAAUGCUAGGCGUGCCGAAGCCGAAAGAAAGAGGCAAACCAAGAACGAACACCCUAUGCUUCGGCAGCUCGAUGCACUUUCUCGGGCGGAGAGCUCUGCAUCAUCCGACUUUACGCUGCUGGGCGCAAAGGAGAGCCAAUCAACGUUGGAUGCGUUGGAUGAUGAUCCCGAGGUUCUGAGACUGAUGAAACAGUUGAACGGUCAUUUGCAAUCCAUGCAAAGCAAUACCGCACCCUUUUCCGACCUCGGUGAUGCUAUCACCCGCUCACAGGCAGCUUUGGAUCUGUAUUCAAUGACAAACGAUUGA